AAAUCUAGACAUUUAUAUACAUUUGGCUUUACAUGGUGUUAAUAUUAGGUUAUUAACAAACUAUGUGUUUUAAUAUUUUACUUCACAAUAAGUGAUAUUUUUAAUACAAAAUGUUUUCCCCCUCUGGAGUGAUGGUUUUACUUGAAAUAAUAAUAUCUAUAUAACGAAUUCAACUAAUAUGUGUUAUUUAUUACUAUAUAAACACUAUUAUAAAUAGUAAGUGUUUGACUAACAGAUGAUUUGACAAAGCUGAAGAUAUGUCUUUCUUAAGAUUAUUGGGGGAUUUUUGCGCAGAGGCAGUGAGAAAAGCGACACAAAACCGCUCUCUGAACGUAUCUUCAGAUCUCCWGCGAGACUUUCUCUCGCGCGUGUUUAUGUGACUGCACGUGUUUACGUGUGUGAGGUGUUAAUCCCAUCCUGCAGUCCUAUGAGCCAUAAUGAAAUCCGAGCCUCCUCUGAUUGGUCGAGAGCGACCAGGCCGGAGUCACGUGUCUGAGUUCUUCGGUCCAGAGUAAAAAUGGGGUUUGGUGUAAAUCUAGGGUGUAUUGCUGUCAUAUAUCACAGCAGCUCGUAAAAACGACACUGAGGAUUCUUGGCCAACAAAUCAGAGAGAGAGAGAGAAAAAAAUAUGAGUUCUUAUUAUGUGGAUAGUCUUCUUUACAAACCCGCAGCGGGUUGUUCUCUGUUCCCGAGCGCAGAGCGAGCUUCCUGCAGGAUUGGACCCAGCAGAGACGAGCAGGGCUCCUCUCGGAACGCGGCCGCUGCCAUCGCCUUCGCGCCGUGUCUCUCUGGAGUUUACGACGUCAAUAACGCAACCCAGAGCCGCCCCGUGUUUACCCCAGGCUAUGGCCGGGGACAGGACACACACACACAGCUCUGCAGCCCGUUUGAGCAGGGCAGCUGCUGUCAUCCAGGGCCGGGACCCCUCACCUCUCCGCCGGACAAACAGCACCGCAUGUACCCCUGGAUGAGGGCAUCAG